UCCGGCCGUUCCUCCCUGAUAAGCUAUAGCUCCUCGCAAUCACGGAACAGAGCUAAGCAGUGCCGUGGCCGUAGAGUUAGAAAUUCAUCUUAAGUAUCAGUCUAUACUUAUUUAGUGACAUUACUUAGGCAAGCUGUGAAAAAGGGAACUGAGACUUCGACACUGGAUUCUGGAACGUACUCUUCAUUUCGUCGACAAAUGUGCUGUUUUCUCUGCACUAUAGGGGCCUAAAGUAUAAGUUCCAAACAGACCUCAAUAAUUACCGGUAUAUAGGUACAACCUAGCUCGUAUUCGUUGUGCAUUGUCGACCCCUGGUGAGACUUGGCCUAGCUGUAGUGCAUCGUAAAGAUUUAAGAAUCACCAUGACUUCCGUUGAACGCAAAAAGAAGAUAGGAGUAGCCCUGUUUGGCGUGGGGCGUGCUGGCACGAUCCACAUCAAGAACCUUGCCGCGUCUCCUCGUGUAGAUCUAAGAUGGAUUGUGGAAGAGGACACCAAAAAGGUCACGCCCAUCCUGGAGCAGCUCUACCUCUACGAUACCCAGGUCAUCUCCACCAAAGACAUUUCUAACGUCUGGAAUGACGAGAAGACGGAUGCAAUAGUUGUGUGUGUUCCUACUCUUCUUCACGAGGCUAUCGUACUAAAAGGGUUGGAUGCGAGGAAAGCUAUAUUUGUGGAGAAACCCAUCGCUGUCAAGUUAAAAGAUGCCAGGGAAUGCUACAUCAAGGCUGCAAAGGUGGGCAAACCUCUGUUCUGUGCUUUCAACAGACGGUUUGACCCAUCCAUCCGUAAGCUGAGACAGAGGGUGCAGAAUGGAGAGAUAGGGCAGAUCAGGUGUAUAAAAUCAACCGCCAGGGAUGGCUCUUUCCCUCCAGUAGAAUACCUUAAAAUAUCAGGUGGAUUCUACCAUGACUGUGCUAUUCACGACAUCGACCUAAUUCUAUGGAUACUAGGUGAGAAACCAAUCAGUGUCUUUGCUCAGGGCCACGCCUUCAACGAUGCCACCAAAGCCAUGAACGAUGUUGAUCAGGCGGCCAUUGUUCUGAAAUUUCCAAGUGGGGUCCUGGCAACCAUCGACCUUAACCGCGAAGCUGUUUACGGUUAUGACCAGCGAUUAGAGGUUUUGGGAUCCAAAGGUAUGAUGCAGUCUCAAAACAGAAUAGAAGCACCUCUCACAAGGCACAAUGAAGAAGGUGAGCUUCUGGAUCCUAUCUUCCCAUCCUUUGUGGAGCGCUACAGCCAGUCGUACUGUGAUGAGAUGGACCACUUCCUUGAUGCUGUAGAAGGAAAGACAGACAAGCUAGAUGUGACGAUGGAGGAUACUUUGUGUACCUCUUGGAUUGCAGAUCUGUGUGAAAAGUCUAUGCAUCAGGGCAAAGUGAUCCCUUUCACCAUGCCUCAGUUUUAAAGGCAUAGACCACUUUUGGAACCCCCCCCCCCCCCCCUCAAAAAAAAAAAAUCUUAUUACCAAUCUUGUGAAAGAAUUAUGUUUUGACCAAUAUGUGAUGAUACAAAUUUUGCCUGGAAACCACCUACCAAUUGAUAUAUUUGGUAAAUUAUCAUAUCUACCAGGACUGGAUAGAUCCCAGGAUAAAUAUAGGGUAGUCCCAUGUGCAUCUUUCUGUGUACAGUGCUUGUAACUUUACCACGGCCGGACUGGGCCAAAUUUGUUAUCAUUUUAAUGAUUCCAGAACCUUGCAGUAUAUACACAACAAUACUUAUAUGCUAUAAUCAUGAUCAACCUUUUCUGAUUGAUUCCACACCCAUUUCUUUCACACCAGAACUCAACUAGGAUCUUCUAUUUAUGUGGGUAGGAAGAUUAUACGAGAUCCAACAUUUGCUCCGAAGAUGAUUGCUCCAAGCUUCAUUUUGUCUAAAGCAUAGAGUUAGACUAUGAAAUUAUUUUCAUAUUUGUUUACAUAUGUCUUCAGAUGUAUAGAGAAAAUAUUGGCCUUUUAUAUAUGUUUGGAAUGGUAUACAGAGCCAAUUCAUUGCUUUGUGGCAUUGAAUUUAAAUUCACCUAAAAUGUAAUUAAAUUGUAAUAAUAUAUAGUUGGGAGGAUUAAGGAAUUGAUUAGAUCAUUUUUUCCCAAUUUUUAUCAUCAAUAAUGGUAUGCUUUCACUCAAACUUUCAGAUAAUCUUUAAUUGUACAUCUAGCAUUGAAGUCACUACCUUAGCACCAUUUUCUCUCAUCUGAACAAUGUUACCAAGUCCCUUUGAUAUAUUACAAUGAAAUCAUGCAAGACAAAGCUGAAUUCUACAGAUCAGACAAGAGAUGACUUGCUGUUCGGAAUGUUAUAGAUUUGUGAUCAUGAAUGUUUGCUUUGAAAUUCUUUUCAAUUAAUGAAAUGGUAAGUAGUACUUUAGUAUGAAUAAAGGGAAAAUGAUUUUAUAAGUACCGGUAUAAGAAUGUGUGUGAUUACCAUGUUAAGUUUUGUAGGGAAAAUGAUAAUAAACUUGAUCAAAAAUGAAA